UGUAGAGUAAUUUUUAAUGAUUGUAAAUUUUAUGUUUAAUAAUUAAGAGAAAAAGUUUAAAUAUUAGGCUGUUUAAUGGAUAGUGAUAGUGAUGAUGAAGGAUCCGUCGGUAAUGAUAAUGGGGGGGGAGGUAGUAACGGUGGUGGUGGCUUCGGUAUAGAUUUGACAGGUAUAUUAUUUGGAAAUAUCGAUUCUGAAGGCAAAUUAAUAGACGAUGAUGAUGCCGGGGCAGCUUUUGAUCCAGAAAUGCGGGAGCACUUAAGCUCCCUGGCCAAGAUGGGUCUGAAUACCAUUUUAAGUGAAGUCAUUGAUCAUGAGGAAAUGGAAAACGAUGAUGAUGAAAAGAAAUCUAUAAGCGAUUUUGAUGCUUUAAAAUCUGGUAAUUUGGAUUCCAAGGAAGAUGAAGAUGAAGCUAGUGGUGAGAUUGCCAAAGAUGCGAACGCAAUUGAUUAUUCUGAUAUAACUGAGUUAUCGGAAGAUUGCCCUAGAACGCCGCCUGUUUCAGCAGAAGAGACUGUCGUCACUACUGAAAGUAAUAUAGAAGACUUGGAAGAUGCUAUACCAGCAUCUAAGGUCGAAGCACGUUUAAUUUCUACUCAACCGUUAGCUAAAGAUGAUAAAGAACUAAUGCCUCCUCCGAGUGCACCUGCUCGAGGUCAGUCUUCUACUGCUAAUCCCGAAGCCAACAGUAAGCAAGAUGCUGCUGAAACUAGCUCAAAUAAUGAUGUGCAGCCGGAGAAGCCUCUUGAACGAAAACUUGAUACCCCAUUGGCGGAUAUGCUGCCAACAAAAUAUGCUAACGUUGACGUGCGCGAAUUAUUUCCAGAUUUUCGUCCUGAUAAAGUUUUAAGAUUUUCUCGUUUAUUCGGACCUGGCAAACCUUCAAGCUUGCCGCAAAUUUGGCGUCAUGUGAAGAAACGUAGGCGUAAACGUAAACAAUCCUAUGAUCAUAAAUUUUUUAAUUUAAAUUCGGAUUCUACCAGUGAUUCGGAGGAGCCACGUAAAAAAGGUUUCGGUUUACAUUACGGUCCCGAUCCAACUCCAACACAAUGUAUGUCAGAUGAUGAGGAUAAAUUAUUAAGCAUUUUUAAAGACGAAGAUAUUAAGCAAGAGGGUCCAGAAAGUGGUGACAGUGGCGAUAAUAAGCCAAAAAUAGCAGAUUGGCGUUACGGACCCGCACAAAUCUGGUACGAUAUGCUAGAUGUUCCAGAUUCCGGAGAAGGUUUUAAUUACGGAUUCAAAAAGAGGCAAGGACAGAAAAAUACGAAGGGUUCCAUGAAGAGCAAGAAAGAAGAAAAAGAGUUAAAGGCACCAGUUGAUAAUGGAGGUAUAGCCGAAGAUGCCUUCCUCAUGGUAUCUCAAUUACAUUGGGAAGACGAAGUAGUGUGGGAUGGUAAUGAAAUUAAAGCUAAAGUUUUGCAAAAAUUGAACUCGAAAACAAAUGCUGCUGGUUGGUUGCCAUCAAGUGGAUCCCGCGCAUUUACGCCUGCUGGCAAAACAUUGCCGGUAACUAGUGCAACAACCGGAAAAAUGAGUGGAAGUAACAAUCCACCCUCUAGUAAGCAAAAGGCGAAUCAAAAUUUACCACCUAAGGUUCCUGAGGUUGUGGACGAUACAUGGUAUAGCAUAUUCCCGGUGGAAAAUGAAGAGUUGAUUUACAGCAAAUGGGAAGACGAAAUUAUAUGGGACGCAGAGCAAAUGACUAAGAUACCGAAGCCAAAGGUUUUAACGCUGGAUCCGAAUGAUGAGAAUAUUAUUUUGGGUAUUCCGGAUGAUAUUGAUCCUUCUAAGAUUAAUAAGAAUACGGGACCACCACCAAAAAUAAAAAUCCCACAUCCACAUGUUAAAAAAUCGAAAAUCCUUCUUGGUAAGGCUGGUGUUAUUAAUGUUUUAGCCGAAGAUACUCCCCCGCCGCCACCGAAAAGUCCUGAUCGAGAUCCCUUCAAUAUUUCAAACGAUAGCUAUUACAUGCGCAAGACUGAACCUGCCCUACGUUUAAAAGUUGGCGCCAGUUUUAUGCCCCAUUCUACACCCGUGGUUGAACUGCGAUCACCUUUUAUACCGACUCAUAUGGGUCCUAUAAAGUUGAGAUCUUUUCAUCGCCCUCCUCUGAAAAAGUAUUCGCAUGGCACUUUGGCUCAGCCCGUAGCCCAUUCAGUGUUGCCUUUACUUAAGAAUAUUAACAAAAAGGCUAAACAGCGUGAUAUGGAACGUAUCGCGUCUGGUGGCGGAGACGUUUUCUUUAUGCGUAAUCCUGAGGACUUGAGUGGCAAAGAUGGCGACAUUAUUUUAGCUGAAUUCUGUGAGGAGCAUCCUCCUCUAAUGAAUCAGGUUGGCAUGUGUUCAAUAAUUAAAAACUACUAUAAACGUAAAGCGGGCAAAGACACUAACGGUCCGCAAGGCUUUAAAUAUGGCGAGGUGGCUUUAGCUCACACCAGCCCUUUCUUAGGCAUAUUACAUCAGGGACAGUGCAUACAAGCUUUGGAAAACUGCAUGUAUCGCGCACCUCUUUAUCCUCACAAUGUUAAUAUCACCGAUUUUCUAAUUAUACGUACACGCAAUAAUUAUUGGAUUCGAGAAUUCAAUGCCUUAUUUACCGUAGGACAAGAGUGUCCUUUGUAUGAGGUACCAGGCCCCAAUUCAAAGAGGGCCAAUAAUUUUACAAGAGACUUUCUACAAGUUUUCAUUUAUCGCCUAUUCUGGAAAAGUAGAGAUGAACCCCGACGUAUACGUAUGGACGAUAUAAAACAUGCAUUUCCUGCCCAUUCGGAAAGUAGUAUACGUAAGAGAUUAAAACAAUGCGCAGAUUUCAAGAGAACAGGAAUGGAUUCAAACUGGUGGGUUAUUAAACCAGAUUUCCGUUUGCCUUCGGAAGAAGAAAUACGUGCGAUGGUUUCACCCGAACAGUGUUGUGCUUACUUCAGUAUGAUUGCAGCCGAGCAAAGAUUAAAGGAUGCCGGUUACGGUGAGAAGUUCUUAUUUGCUCCUCAAGAUGACGAUGACGAGGAAGCCCAGUUGAAAUUGGACGAUGAAGUCAAGGUAGCUCCAUGGAACACGACCAGAGCCUACAUGCAAGCUAUGCGUGGCAAAUGUUUACUGCAACUAACUGGACCUGCUGAUCCCACCGGGUGUGGUGAAGGGUUUUCGUAUGUGAGAGUACCCAAUAAACCAACACAAACUAAGGAGGAACAGGAAUCUCAGCCGAAACGUACUGUAACCGGUACUGAUGCCGAUUUACGUCGUCUACCUUUGCAAAGAGCCAAGGAGCUUUUACGUACUUAUAAAGUACCUGAAGAAGAGAUUAAGAAGCUAUCGCGUUGGGAGGUUAUUGAUGUGGUGCGAACUUUGUCCACGGAAAAAGCGAAAGCCGGUGAACAAGGCAUGGAUAAAUUUUCCCGAGGCAAUCGCUUUUCCAUUGCCGAACAUCAGGAACGUUAUAAAGAGGAAUGUCAACGUAUAUUCGAUUUGCAAAAUCGUGUUUUAGCCAGUUCCGAAGUUCUCUCCACCGACGAAGAUGAAUCCUCAGCCUCGGAAGAAUCAGAUCUUGAGGAAUUGGGAAAGAACUUGGAAAACAUGUUGUCGAAUAAAAAGACUUCGACUCAAUUAAGCAUGGAACGCGAAGAGCAAGAAAGGCGAGAAAUGUUCAAAAAGUUCGUUGAGAAUGAAGAUGGCAAUAAAAAUAAAGGCGACAAGAGUAAAGAUGGUGCUGGAAACAGUUCCCAACAAGUCGUGGCCAAUCCUAAUCAAGGUCGUAUUUUAAAAAUUACCCGCACUUUCAAAGAUCAAGAAGGCAAAGAGUUUACCCGCGUUGAAACCGUCAGACGUCAACCAGUCAUUGAUGCUUACAUUAAGAUUAGAACUACAAAAGAUGAACAAUUUAUUAAGCAAUUCGCCACUUUGGAUGAGCAACAGAAGGAAGAAAUGAAACGAGAGAAAAGACGUAUUCAAGAGCAAUUGCGUCGCAUUAAACGUAAUCAGGAACGAGAAAGAUUAGCGCAACUGGCACAAAAUCAAAAAUUACAACCUGGUGGAAUGCCUCAAAAUUUGGGUGAUCCCAAAUCGUCCACCUCAUCUUCGCACAAAGAACGCGAUACAAGUCACAAGGAAGUCAGUCCAUCGCGUAAGAAAUUUAAAUUGAAACCCGAUUUGAAAUUGAAAUGUGGUGCCUGUGGUCAAGUGGGACAUAUGCGAACGAACAAGGCUUGUCCUCUAUACACUGGCACUCAAGGUCCCGCACCAAUUAUGAACACAACUGUCCCGGAAGAACCAGAAGAGGAAAUCGAAAAGGAAGUUAAUUGCGACGACGACGAUUUAGUGAAUGUUGAUGGAACUAAGGUGACUUUAAGCAGCAAGGUAUUGAAACGUCACGAAGACGGACGGGGAAGAAAGGCAUUAUUGUUGAAAGUUCCCAAAGAAAAAGGUCAAAGGAAGAGACGUAUGCCUGGGGAUUUGCAUUGCGAUUAUUUGCAAAGGCACAAUAAAACAGCGAAUCGUAGGCGAACCGAUCCUGUAGUGGUGUUAUCAUCUAUACUUGAAGAAAUUUUAAACGAAUUAAGAUCUCUACCAGAUGUUACACCAUUUAUGUUUCCAGUUAAUUCGAAGCUCGUUCCCGACUAUUAUCAUAUUGUCACCAAGCCUAUGGAUUUGCAAACCAUGCGUGAAAAUAUACGCCAAAAACGUUAUCACAGUCGAGAAGAAUUCUUGGCCGAUCUAAAUCAAAUUGUUGAGAAUUCUACUUUAUAUAAUGGCCCACGUAGUUCUUUUACAAUCGCUGCUCAACGUAUGUUGAAAAACUGCUUUGAUUUAUUAGCUGAAAAAGAGGAUAAACUUAUGCGUUUGGAGAAGGCUAUUAAUCCCCUUUUGGAUGAUGAUGAUCAAGUCGCUCUAUCAUUUAUAUUUGAGAAGUUACAUGGCAAAAUUAAAUCCAUGCAAGAAAGUUGGCCAUUCCUCAAACCAGUUAAUAAGAAACAAGUUAAGGAUUAUUAUACCGUCAUUAAAAGACCUAUCGAUUUGGAGACAAUCGGUAAAAAUGUUGAAGCUCAUCGGUAUCAUUCGCGCGCAGAAUUUUUGGCUGAUAUUGAGCUAAUCGCAACGAAUUGCGAACAAUAUAAUGGCGGGGAAUCUCGUUUCACCAAAAAUGCUAAACAUAUAUACGAAUAUGCUCGCUCCCAAUUGGAAGAGUUUGCCGAACACUGUUCACAAUUGGAGCAAAAUAUAUCUAAAGUGCAGGAACGCGCACGGGCUGACGCCGAUCUUGAUGACGCUUGGUGCGGCGAUGAACAGGAUUAUGAUUAUAUGCGUAUGAGUCAUUCAAGUACACCGGAGUUUAUUGAUGUGGAAAGCAAUGAUAGACCGGUUACGUCUACUUUUACGCCUACUAUGCAGCGAGGCAUUGGUGGCAAUAUUACUUUAAGCACCGGAAUGCCAACAGCAAAUUUAAGCGAUUCAACAAUACCUCAACAACCGACGUCUGACGUUAAACGCGGUCGCGGUCGACCCCGUAAGCAACGUGAUACCGUAGAAGGAGUCAAAUAUAUUGCGAAUGCCGUUAAACGUGGUCGUGGUCGUCCCCGCAAGGACAGCCUAGCCUCGAAUUUAAGUAACCCACAUAAUUCCUCCUUUCUGGAAGAAGAUCUUCAAUGCUCCACAGACGAUGAUGAUGAAGAAUUUCAAGAAGUUUCAGAAGAUGAAAAUAACGCUGCCAGCAUUUUGGAUCAAGGGGAACGUAUACAAACUGCAAAUACAGUUAUUUCGGAAGGUAAUAAUACACUAAUUGAUGCUGCCAACAUCAAGACGGAAAUGAAAAUGGAACCCUUACAAAUGGGCGGUGAUGAUUCGAUGGAUUUAGAUCCGAAUUACGAUCCUUCCGAUUUUCUGACUAUGCAUAAUCGAUUGGGUAAUCAGCAAAUUGACAAUCAACAGCAGCAACAGCAGCAGCAACAGCAAAGCUUUACGCAAUUUUUGCCUGCGGAAGAGAAUCAAAAUAGCGUUGAUGCUCAAAUUGCGGGCAAUCAGCAAAACAUUUCACAAUUGCCCUUGAUAAUGAGUGGCAAUGAUAACGUAGGUAUUGAUGAAGAUUUGGCAAUAUCGGAGAGCGACGAAGAGGAUGAAUGCGGUCAAAAAGUUACGGUGAAAACUGAAGUUUUUAAUGAAAGCCUAAAUGAAGAUCAAAUAAAUAGCGCAAAUCUAAUGGCCAAUGAGAUGCUGACGGCUCAGUCUAAUCAAGAACAACAACAGCAGCAACUUAUGCAGAACGUAGCUCCUUACGGUUUGCAGGCAAGUAAAGAAGAACCCAACACACCGGAUGAUAACGACGAUGAUGGUUGGCUGCGCUUUUAAAAGUUAAUAUUAGAUAAAUAAUUGG